AGUUCGUUGCAUGUUCUGUUUCGCUCGCGUGCAAAGAGGGGAAGCGGAGCUCGCGUUUGCUUCGGAAUUUUGUUUUCCGUGGCACUCCACCGGUUCACCCUCGGCGGGUAUGUUUUGCGUUUAUGUUUCCAUGACACGUGCGAGGGACACCGAAAAUCCACCCAGCGACAGGCCCUGACGGCGCGCACCGAGUGAAACUCGCAUGCACUUUCCUUCGCGUUCGGUUGCCUCCCAAAUCGAACGUCGCUGCUGAAACCGAACGUCUAUCGCUUUCGACGUCCAUUCGUCAUGGCUACGUCCGCCGUGGCCAUGAAAUGGCUGGAACUCCUGGAAAAAGAGUUUGACAGGGCCUACCUGGACUUGGACAUUCUUUUGGGUGAGGUUGACGAAGAACAAUGCGAUAUCACGUACGAAGCCAGGCGGCGAAUGUCCGCCCUCAGCAGCGCCUUCGCCCAGCUGUGUCACAAGGCGCAGACUGUGUUCGAAACCAACGAGAAACUGGAGUGUGAACUACAGGAGCUCAAGUCGGACUUGUAUGAGGCGCAGUCAACUAGUUCUGUGCUGAAUAAGGAGCUUCAGCAUCUCGUGCUGCAGCUGCAUUCAGCCCAGUUGCAAGUGUCUGCACAGAUGGGGCAUGCAGGUGACUCUACUGCCAUCAAGCAGAAACUGGAACAAGAAAUGACUAUGUAUCGAAUGGAUCUGGGCCGCGAGAUGCAGCUGGAGGCAGAGGUGGCCCAGCUGCGCAAGGAGAACGCUGCGCUUCGCAGGGACAUAGUGUCCCUGCAGAGCGAAGUGUUUGGUGCCAAGCUGGCUGCCAAGUACCUUGACAAAGAACUGGCUGGCAGGAUCCAGCAGAUACAACUGCUCGGCAGAGACCUAAACCCAAGUGAACACGACCGCCUUUGGAAUCAGCUGGAGUCUGAGAUCCACCUGCACAGGCACAAGGCAGUAAUCCGAGCCUGCCGAGGCCGGUCCUCCAAUGCUGCUACCCUUCCCGGGCCAGAGCUCACGAUGCCCGACGAAGGCACUCCACUGCGCCGUCAUCAGGGAAUUGGGGAUGUGCGGACUGUGCGACUUACUAAGGGCAAAGAUGAAGGACUUGGAAUCUCUAUCACAGGCGGUCUAGAGCACGGUGUUCCCAUAGUCAUUUCUGAAGUUCUCCCAGACAUGCCAGCCUGGAGGAGUGGCAAGCUAUUUGUUGGAGAUGCCAUUCUUGCUGCCAACGGUGUCGACUUGAGGGAAGCAAAGCACAACGAUGCUGUCAAGGUUCUUUCUGGCUUGCAAGGUGAAAUUACACUCAAGGUCCUGUAUGUUUCACCUGAUGAGGACAGUGAUGACGAGACACAGGACAGCCAGCACUUAAGGUACCAUUUCUUUUAUCCGGAAGACGUCAGUGAGACUAGCGUAGCUCCGAGUGACGACGAAAACGGUGUGGUGGACCGGUCCCUAUCACGCUUCGCCACAUCGCCUCACAUGACACCCGGUCACGGGGCCACCACAGCAGUACCUGGGAUCGCAGUGCCCGCUACACCCGAAGCCAGAGCAAAGUCCAGCGAGAAUGUUGGCCGAGAAGCUACACCCGAGGUCAAAGCUGUUACCAACGCUUCUCCUGCCAAACUGGCUAAUGAAGUGAAUGGAACCGCGGGCACUGAGCAGAGAGCUGUUGCUACGUGA